ACCACUUUGUCCUUGACGCUGUACAAGCUCUGAUCGUUAUACCAACGCUCCACGAGGCGAAUCCUUGGCUCACACACCUUGCACCGCUUGCCAUGAACAAGCCCAAGGGGCACGACAUCGUUCAUGAUGCCCUGCGAUACGCUUGUCUCUCUCUCGCCGACGCAGAUCUCGCUAUCAAGCUCAAGGGUCGAUUAAAACAGCAUCACGCGACUAUAUACGCUUCUAGCGGGGACUAUUGGCACCAAGCAGUAUCGCAGAUCCAGCUGGCGGCAGAGCUCGGGAUGCAUCUCAAUGAUCAGGACACUGGCGAUGUGAUCUUGGCGGCGGUUGUCAUCUUGGCCACACGAGAUCGUUUGGCAGGAUGGUCAGAAUGGGAGAUGCCCUUGUCGGUGGGGUACAGAGUCUUAAGAGAACUUGGUGGACCCGAUCUGUACAUCGCCUCGAAUCCGACCCGUUUGCGUCGCUUUCUUGUGGAACAGCUCGUCAGUAUCGAGCUUCUGGCGUGCCUUACUGCAUUCAAACAACCGAUGAUUGGAGACUGGUACAACCACUGGCUAACUGAAGGGGGCGGAGAUCUUGAAGCUGUCUACGGCUGGGAUCGCGAGGCUUUCCUAUAUGGUCUGAGAGCUAUCACAUUGUGUGGCGAUUGCGUCCGACUCUACAUCCUGCGCACGCGAUGCUCCGACAAUCCGUCCAAACAAGUCAAGGAAUUGAUCGAGACCCAAAUCGACAACUGCAAAGCGCGGAUAAGUAAAUUUUUGGACACUUCGGAGGCGGUGCGAGCGAUGCUUCAAGCGAUCCCGAACUCGGCAGUCAGAUCGAGAUCUAUAUGCCUACAGGCGUGCGUCGAAAUUUGCCUUCUAUGGAUCCUUGCCGAAGGCAACGACACGAUAGAGGCAAAGAGUAUGGCUGACAGAUUGUCGCAACGAGUCGAGGCUAUCGUCCAGGUGGCCGAUGAAGCUAUGGCCAGGGGAGAUUAUGCGGGAAUGCUCUUGCCCCUGACCUGGGCAGACGGCAGCGUCACUCCUCGUCAGCGAGAGUUGAUAAUGCGCCUGCUCAAUACAUUGGAAGCCAAUUAUCAUCUGGAUCAUGAGAGUCUCUGGAGAAUCACACAUAUCGAUUGGUCAGCAGUGGAGGGCUUUGCACCGGCUCGAUGGGAGGAGGAACUCAGGCAAAUGAAGAUAUACUUUCCAAUCUAUUAGUGUCUAUGAUCUACAAUUGUGCUUGCACCAGCUCAAAGUAUUUGCCUUUCCUCCCAACAAGCUCGUCAUGACGUUGGCGCCAAUAAUGGAUGACAAACGAUGACCG